CGAUUUGUUUCCAUAUUUUUCGUUUACCAUAUGGGGACAAAGGCGCAUACACGCUUUCACUUUCAACUUCACCUUCCCUUCUCCGCCAUUGUUACUUUCUGAGAAGCUUCCAAGUCAACCCAUAUAGACUUGCUUAUUUGACCUCUUCUGCUUACUUUAUAAUCCUCCUUUCGGACUUUUCAAUAUAACCGUCUACUUGAAGAAUCACUCGUUCUCACGCUUUCGCGGCGGCGAACCAUCCCCUCGCCGAGACGCUCCCGGAGGAGGAGGAGGCGACGGGGUUCAGAUGGCGAACCCAGCGGGAUCAACCGGUGGUGUGAACCUGGACAAGUUCUUCGAAGAUGUUGAAUCUGUGAAAGAGGAGUUGAAAGAGCUAGAUCGGCUCAACGAAGCACUCUCUUCCUCUCACGAGCAGAGCAAGACGCUUCCCAAUGCUAAAGCCGUGAAGGAUCUCAGGUCUAAAAUGGACGGUGACGUUGGAGUCGCCUUGAAGAAGGCCAAGAUGAUUAAGGUUAAACUCGAGGCGUUAGAUCGCGCCAAUGCUGCUAAUCGGAGUCUCCCUGGCUGUGGACCUGGUUCUUCCUCCGAUCGAACCAGGACCUCUGUCCUCAAUGGUCUCAGGAAGAAAUUGAAGGACUCUAUGGAUAGUUUCAACCAUUUGAGGGAGCGUAUCUCGUCCGAGUAUAGAGAAACUGUACAGAGGAGGUACUUCACCGUCACCGGCGAGAAUCCGGACGAAGGAACCCUGGAUCGACUUAUCUCCACUGGAGAGAGUGAGAGAUUCAUGCAGAAAGCUAUACAAGAACAAGGAAGAGGAAGGGUGUUAGACACCAUUAACGAGAUCCAAGAAAGGCAUGACGCGGUUAAAGACAUUGAGAAGAAUCUCAGGGAGCUUCACCAGGUGUUUCUAGACAUGGCCGUGCUGGUAGAGCACCAGGGAGCUCAGCUGGAUGACAUUGAGAGCCAUGUGGGCAGAGCUAGUUCCUUUAUCAGAGGCGGAACAGAGCAGCUACAAACCGCUCGGGUUUACCAGAAGAACACGCGGAAAUGGACAUGUUAUGCCAUUAUUAUUCUCAUCAUCAUCAUCAUUGUUGUGGUUCUUCUUGUUGUUAAACCAUGGAACAGCGGAAACGGCGGAGGUGGUGGUGGUGGUGGUGGAAACAGUGGAGGAGCUCAGCCAAAUUCAGGGCCACCACCAAGUCCUCCUCAGGCAAGGCGUCUAUUGCGUUGAAGUUGAGUUUUGUUAUUUGCAAAUAUAUUCUUUCUUUGUGAAACCUUCAAUCAACCCAGCUUUGUGUUCCACUUUCUACUGCUGGUUCGUUCUUAAUCUCCCUUUUAUUUUGAUUUUUGCUAAAGAAAUUAAAAUUUGGGUUAGAUUAGAAAAUUAGUAAAGCACAUUCUCUUUGCAUCUAUGUUUGCUAUAUAUGGGUUAUUUUUUA